ACGUGGCAGCCCCAGAAGUACCUCAAGUUCGAGCGAGUCCGACUGCGGCUGGCGCUGGAGCUGCUCGAGCGCGUGCCAGCCUUAGCUGCGGAGUGCGAAGAUGCAGUGGAGAUCAUGGAUCUUGGCGCUGGGACGGGAAACAUGGCCCCCUCCUUCUUCAGGCGCUGGCAAGAGGUGCACGUGACAUUUGUGGACUCGUCAGCCUCAAUGCUGGAGCGCGCGAAGCAGGAGCACAGCACCAAUGGGGAAGUGAAGAGUGAGCAGUGUACGUACAUUCAAGCCGACUUCGAGAGCUUCCAUCCGGACAAACCUGUCGACUUGAUCUUUUCCAAUGCAGCGCUCCACUGGGUGAGCUCUGAUCGCUACAAGCAGCUCAUGCCUCGGCUGUUCUCGUUCCUGAAGCCUGGAGGAACGAUUGCGUUCCAAAUGCCGGAUAGCCGUCUGCAACCAAGCCACCAACUGAUGGCCGAAGCGGCAAAGCAAGUGGGUCUUUGGGAUCGUGUCGCUGAUGUGCGCUGGGUCACGUGUGAGCGUGACCCGAGCUUCUACUAUGAGCUGUUCAAGAGCAUUGACAAGGACGUGGAGCUGGACAUGUGGGCGACGGUGUAUACUCAAGUGCUCGAGGGCGACAAUCCUGUGGCCGACUUCACAAGCUCCACGGGACUUCGUCCAUUCAUGGAGGCUUUGGGAGAUCCGUCCUCCGCAGCCUCGAACUUCGAGGGAAAAUACCGCGAGCUGAUCGCUGCUGCGUACCCCAAGCAAAGCGACGGACGCACGAUCUUCAAUUUCAAGCGCUUUUUCGUCGUAGCUACAAAGUCAUCGUAG